UUUUUUGUCAUUCCAGCUCCCACAGAGGACAUAGGGUGAUGUAGUGACAUAUUUAUUGAUCAUCUUGUUUGAGCUUGAGUUUAAAAAUUCAUACUUUUAUGAGUCUUGAAACAAAGAACUGGUAAAGAUGGCAGCAGAUCUGAGUGAGCAUCUCCUCCAUUACUUGGAUGAACAUGAAAGCUUCAAUUCCCUCAAUCUGGCUGAGGAACUCGGAGAGGAUCAUCAACGCAUUGUUGGUGCCAUCAAAAGCCUCCAGUCCCUUGGAAAUGUGAUAGAGGCUGAACAGGAGAGUGGGAAACAGUGGGAGCUGACAGAAGAAGGGAAGGAAGUGGUAGAGCAUGGAAGUCAUGAAGCCCGUGUCUUUCAUGCCAUUCCUCCUCAGGGAAUCCCUCAGCAAAAACUCUUGAAGGAGGUUCCGAAUUCCAAGAUUGGCUUCAGCAAAGCCAUGUCACUGGGCUGGGUGAAGUUGGAGAAGGGGGGUGGGGAAAGUAUGGUGGUGAGGAAAACAGAAUCCAUAGUUGACGAUGUUGCUGAGGCUCUCAGGAAUGUCCUCAAUCUCCAAGUAGAUGCUGUUUCCAACCAACAGAAGCAAGAAUUGAAAAAGAGAAAGCUCCUUCAGGAAGUGGUGGUGAAGAUGUAUCAGGUGAAAAAAGGGCAGGACUUCACUUGUACAGUGAGGAAGCAGGAGACAGAAUUGACUGCCGAAAUGAUUUCCUCUGGCUCGUGGAAGACAUUGAACUUGAAGCCAUACAAUUUCAAUGCCCUUGGGGCCCCAUUGACCAAAGGCCAUCUUCAUCCACUGAUGAAAGUCCGAGCUGAAUUCCGCCAGAUCUUCCUUGAGAUGGGGUUUACAGAGAUGCCAACCAACAAUUAUGUGGAAAGCAGCUUCUGGAACUUCGACACACUGUUCCAGCCUCAGCAGCAUCCAUCUAGAGAUGCCCAGGAUACUUUCUUUGUCUCAGAUCCUGAAGAAGCAGGGGAAAUACCAGAGGAGUACAUGGAACGAGUGAAGACAGUUCACAGUCAUGGGGCAUAUGGGUCAUUAGGGUAUCAGUGUCCUUGGAGUGAAGGUGAAGCCAGGAAGAAUGUCUUGCGCACCCAUACCACUGCUGUCUCUGCUCGCAUGCUUUAUGCCUUAGCAAAAAAUGUGAGAACUCCCUCAAUUCUUGGUUGUUCCACAAAUCUACCUUGCAUUUGCUUCUAAAUAUGUUUUCAAAUGUUCAAUGCAUUCAUUAAUUUUGGGUUCAAGCCUGCGAAGUAUUUCAGCAUAGACAAGGUGUUUCGAAAUGAAAGCUUGGAUGCCACUCAUUUGGCUGAAUUCUGUCAGAUUGAAGGUGUUGUUGCUGAGUAUGGAAUGUCCUUGGCCUCACUCAUUGGGGUCAUAAAGGAAUUCUUCAAAAAACUGGGCAUGGAGGAGCUGCGUUUCAAGCCCACAUCCAAUCCAUACACAGAGCCAAGCAUGGAGGUGUUCUGCUAUCAUAAGGGCCUGAAGAAGUGGGUGGAGGUGGGGAAUUCAGGCCUCUUCCGUGCCGAGAUGCUCCGUCCCAUGGGCCUACCUGAUGAUGUUGGCGUUCUUGGAUGGGGUCUCUCCCUUGAGAGGCCAACCAUGAUCAAGUACGGGAUAAACAACAUCCGAGACCUGGUGGGACCCAAAGUCAAUCUCCAAAUGAUCUAUGAUAAUCCUAUUUGCAGGCUGGAGAAGCACCAAUGAUGAAUGAGAAAGUAAACUAUAUAUGGAG